AUGAGUUCGAAACGAAGAGUUCUCGUAUCACGACAUCUUGGAGACAAAGUAAUGCCUUUAUUGCACCAGUUGAACCCGGAUGAAUGGCAGAUUGUGCUGUGGGAUGAGGAUCGGCCGACCACGGCGAGCUGGAUAAAAGAGAACAUCAAAGAUGCAGAAGGAGCACUGGUUCUCCUGACAGAAAAGAUAAACGAGGAGCUGCUGGAGAUUGGCGAGUUUAAUCUACAAUUAUUCGAAUUCCCUUACAGGUUUCCUAGCUGGACCGAAUUUACGAAUCGUAUCCACUAUGUCGGUUGGAUAUGGUCUGCAAGGCUACCCAGGCGGACAGAUCACGUAGAAACGACUGCUCUGAAGAAGCGAAACAUACGGCUUGGAUACACGCCAGACGUCCUGACUAACGCCGUGGCCGAUUUGACCGUCCUAUUGGCCCUAAUGGCGACGAGAAAUGCAGGGGAGGGUCUCUCCAUCGUGAAAGAUGGCAAAUGGCCGCAGCUUCCAUUCGGUCCUUUUGUGCUCUGCGGCCCACAGAUCGGCUCCGGUGUGGAUGGGAAGAAGCCGUAUACAGUGGGAUUCAUCGGAUUUGGUCGUAUUGCCAAAGCGACCCUCAAACGACUCUCGCCAUAUGGCAUUUCGCGGUGCAUCUACGCCAACACAUCAUCCGCACGCGGACCCCAUCCAACCUAUGCUUCGACAGAGGGUGACCAAUCCUUGGCCAAAGAGUUGGGAGUGGGUGAGAUUUACGCCGCGUCGUUGGAGUAUGUUGCACAAGAGUCCGAUCUGGUCAUUGUCCUCGCUCCUGGAGGAAAAGAAACGUACCAUGUAGUCGACGCGAGGUUCCUGGGCAAGAUGAAGAGCAUGGCGGUCCUGGUGAACACUUCAAGAGGGACACUUGUCGAUACCGAUGCCCUUGUUGAUGCAUUGAAAGAACACAAGAUUUGGGCUGCAGGACUGGAUGUCGUAGAAGGCGAGCCGAACAUUCCUGCUGGUCACCCGCUGCUGCGACUACCCAGAGCAGUAGUCCUUCCGCAUAUUGGAAGUGCGACAGUUGACACUCGAGAGGCAAUGGCGAGACUUGCGGUCGAGAAUUUGAUCAACGGUCUUCUCGGUCGACCCAUGGAGCACGAAGUGCGGCUGUAA